UCACAACCACACAGAAGACAGUGGUUGGUCUGACUAUCGCCGAAAGGAACUGAUAAUAACUCACCCCGGGAGUCAACAAAAACACAUAUACGGUGGUCAGAAAGUCGUUACCGGAGGGGAAAUACUUCAGGGCGAGGCCACCGAGAGAAUGCGUCUCAGGUUUCUGUACAGGGUUUAUGUGCUGUGGGGUUUUGUGGCAGUCACAUCCUCGCUGACCAAGGCUGAGAAGAAAAAGGCAGCGGGCAGAAGAUCUCGGCAGGUGGACAAUAGUCCGGACGGGGUGUGGUCUGCCUGGGAGGAGUGGUCAGGAUGUUCUCAGAGCUGUGGAGUGGGCGUGUCACAGAGAACCAGAAAGUGUGAAGCCCCUCCCCGUUCUCUAACUCCUCCCCUCUCCCACUCUCUUCCAAACUGGGGGGGUUCAUCGUUCCUCCCAGGGAGGGCCGGGGGUCUCAACCAUGGCUCUGUCAUCUCCGCCAUCCGCCCCUUCUACCCCCCUCAUUACUCUAGGAACCAGCAGUCCCAGUACGGGGGAGGAGGUGGGGGAGGGACAGAGAGACAGCCAGACCCCUUCUAUCCCCCCUCACUCCCAUCAUCCAAUCAGAACCCAGGACUGUCUCUCUAUCGGGACACUCCUAUAGGAGGAGGGGCAGGAGCUGUGCCAGCGCAGUCCUCCAAUCCCACGUCUCCCCUCUAUCGCCCGGAAUUCUCAUCACCCAAUCAGGGGCCAGGUUCUGUUUACCGUUCCCCCUCAUUUCCUGCCCCCCCAUCCAGCUACAGCCAACCAGCACAUGCCGCCCGCCAGCCAGCCAAUCCUGGAACAGGGAGGGUGGGAGGAAGUGGGAGCAGAAGGUCAGUGUUGCCCAAUAGGGGGGCUCUGCCUGCUAGUAGGUCCUCUUCUAUCCGUCCGGGUCAGUUUGGUUACGGCAGGGUUCCCUUCUCUCUGCCAUUACACCGGCAAAACCGGCAGGCCCGCCACACUGAGCACGGCAAUGCUACCAUAGCAACCCUGGUACUAGAAACCGAGGAGCAGGAGGGAACUGUUGCUAACAUUGACCAAAUGGACAGACCCGGAGAAGGAGAAGAGAAGAGGAGGGGAGAGAAGGGGAGGGAGGGAAGCAAGAACCACAAAGGGAAUAGGGGAGAGAGGGAGCAUGAGAGGAGAGAGGAGGAAAGGAAGACAGAGGGGGAGAGUACGGAGUCACCUGUCGCUAAGGCAUUAAUAAUGACAACCAUAGCUAAACCAGAAAGGAAUGGACAGAGGGACACGGACACUCACAGACAGACGGACAGACAGAGACAAGCUGCUGCGGAGCGAGGGAGGGAGCGAGGGAGAGAAAGAGUGAGAGUGCCCUCGACCCUCCCUCACUCACACAGGCCAUCUCCCUUCCAGCCCAACCACGACAGAAUCAUUGAUAGACGCGCCCCUCCUCCCCUCCCCCCUCUGCCUCACUCCUACCCCCCCCCUGUCUCUCACCCCUACUCACCCCCUCUCCACCGCUCCUCCCCCGAGCACAGAGAGAGAGAUGGGUUCAACCCUGAGCUCCAAUCCCCUCACCCUAGACCCCCCCAACCCAAUAUCUACCCCCUGCAACAACAGCAGCACCCCCACCCCCUGGCCGAGGGGGAGACAGGGGGACAGAUAUUACCCCCCCAGAAGUACAGGUGUUCGGGAGCAGAGAAUGAGUAUCGUCGGUGCUUUUCACAGGUAUGUGUAGGAGGUGCAGACUCCAGAGCAGAGCAGUGCGCUUCCUACAACAACCAGGAGUUUAUGGGCAGACUGUACGACUGGGAACCUUUCACUCAGGUUGGGGUGGAAAAGCAGUGUGAGCUGACGUGUAGGCCGGUUGGAUAUCGCUUCUACGUGAGUCAGGCAGACAGAGUGAGAGAUGGAACACCCUGCAUUAACACCAGCACCAAUGACGUGUGCGUGGCCGGGCGCUGCCUGACUGAGGGCUGUGAUGGGGUGUUGGGGUCUGGCUUGGUGAUUGACAGGUGUGGUCAGUGUGGGGGGCAGGACCUGUCCUGUCAGAAGCUGAGCGGGAGCUUCCAGAACACCAGUGUUCCCCUUGGUUACCACAGAAUUCUGGACAUCCCUCCAGGAGCUACUGCCAUCAACAUCACAGAGAGACACGCCAGCUCCAACUACCUGGCCCUACGUAGUGGUACAGGUGUAUCAGUAGUGAAUGGGCGCUGGGCGGUGGAUCCUCCAGGAGACUACGAGGCAGGGGGGACUACCUUCACCUACACCCGUCCCAGGGCUCUCUCUGAUGGGCAGGAGGACAGAGGAGAAACCCUUAGAGCUCCAGGACCCACCACCACACAACUGACUCUAUAUAUCAUCUUCCAUAGGCAGAAUCCAGGGAUCGACUAUGAAUUCUACAUCCCAAAAGAAAAGAAAGUGGAAGAGAGGGAGAGGCCGCGAGAGAGAGAAAGAGAGAGGCCUAGAGAGAGAGAAGUAGAGAGGGAACGACCGAGGGAUGGAGGGAGGGCACCCCUGAGAGACACUAGUUCUCUCAUUGUAACAGUGGAAGACCCUAUCCCUCCUCCCCCCAUCUCCUCUUCGUCCUCUUCCUUCUCCUCCUCUUCUUCCGCAGACAGAUGGACAUCUGAGAGCUCCCGCCCCCGAGGCUCGGUACCCAAUCGGAAUGCUCGAAUCCCACCUCGUACUGACCUGCCCCUCGACACCCAGUCACCCUUCGUAUGGAGGAGCGGCGGGCUCACUGACUGUACUGCUUCCUGUGGCAAAGGGUCCCAGUACAGGGUGAUCCUGUGUAUUAACCGCCAUACUGACGAGGAAGUCCCAGACAGGAAGUGUGACUCAGCAGCAAGACCCUCCCCUGAAGAGGAGAUCUGCAACACACACCCCUGCCCAGCAUUCUUCGAGGCCAGCUCAUGGUCAGAGUGCAGUGUGUCUUGUGGUAUGGGAGUACAGCAGAGACAGCUUCAGUGCAGACAGAGCUUUGGGAACCGUUCCACCAUGGUUCAACCACAACGCUGCUCCAACCUAACCCCACCUGACCUCACCCAGUCCUGCCAGCUACGACUCUGCUCACACUGGGAGAUAGGCACCGACUGGAGCUCUUGCUCAGUGGACUGUGGCAUGGGGAAGAGAACUCGUAAUGUCCGCUGUGUCAGUGACCAUGGCAGCGUGGUGAAUGACAAGGAGUGUAACGCCAAGCUCCGCCCACAAGGAAGUGAGGACUGUCACAUGGGGCCCUGUGUAACCAACUGGUACUUCACUGGCUGGUCCAACACUUGUUCAGCCCCGUGUGGUCCAGGUGUUCAGAAGAGAGAGGUGUUGUGUCUGACCCGUGGAGGGAGAGAGGGAGGAGAGUGUUUGGGGGACAAACCGGCGGACAUGAAGGCGUGUAACGGGGGUCCGUGUGCCCCCACCUACAUGUGGUACAGUAGCCCCUGGGGUCAGUGUAGUGCUCCAUGUGGGAAUGGAACGCAGCGAAGGGACAUCAUCUGUGUGGAGAAGAUGGGGACAGAUUUCAAAGUGGCACCGAUCAGCCAGUGUGCCCAGCUGGAAAAGCCUCCCUCGGUGCAGACAUGUGCGAUGGAAGCAUGUCAGCCUCAGUGGUUUACUACGGAGUGGAGCGCGUGCUCUCGUUCCUGUGGUAAGGGGCUACAGAUCAGAGAAGUACGGUGUCUCACACCUGACAAACAGCACAGCCCAGAAUGCUCCCUUACAAACAAACCUGACCAGGAGCAGCUCUGCAAUACCAUACCCUGCAGUCCACAGGUCGCAGAUGAGAACUGCAGGGACCUGCGUCAUAACUGUGUGAUGGUGGUUCAGGCCAGACUGUGUGUCUACUCCUACUACAAGACUGCCUGCUGCGCCUCAUGUACCCAGAGUGCUCAGCGGGCCAAGAGGCACUGACCAGCCAAUAACAGGCUUCCAGCUGAGAUCAGCCAGGGGUCAGGGUUUAAGGGGUUAGAAGUCAAAGCGCAGGUUACCAUAGAAAUGAUCAGACCAUAGAAAUGGAGUGGGUAGAGUGGAUAUAUUACCACAUAAAGUGGGGAUUGAAUUGUGUUCUGGGCCAGAUGUACAGCCGUUAUAGAAGGGAUGUUUUGGAAUGUGAGUUAAUUUGUUACUUACUACAUUUCUUACAUUUGAUGGGUUAUCUGCAUAUGCAAAAAAUGUGCCAAUGACAUUGUACAGAGCUCCAUAAUAUGGAACAUAUCUGAUUUCUAUGUCCACUCCUUCUGUUUCUAUGGCUGAGAGAUGCUGUGGAUGAUGUAUGUACACCCAGGACCUGGGUCCAGAGCUCUGUCCCAGUAGCCAAACUUGCAUACCACUUAGUGUGAGGUGAAGUAUUGUCCAUGCAUACUAUGUAGUAUGCUAGUAUGGAUAGAUGGGACCCAGAAGGUAUAACCCAACAGCAGUGUAGAACCUGCUGGAAGUUUCUAUGAUGUAUGUUUUCUAUGUUUGUGUUCUAUAUGCCAAAAAACUAUUUGAAAUGUCUCCUCAGUGUUUAUACAGCAUCAUCAACAUUUGGUGAAAACAUACCAAAAUGUAAAAUGGUGGCCUAGUACAAGUGACCUGUUUUUAAAGGAAAAUAGUGGAGAGAUGUCCAUAACCUGAGAACGCCCCCAAUCUGAAAACAAGCAGGGGUAGAAUGAAACGACUGUAUGGUCUAUUGGUGACUGUCCAGGUAUCCAACCUGUGCCCUCAUGACUGUUAGCCCACUGAACUAAAGCCAAGGCAUUAACCUUGAAAGCUAAUACCAGUGUUCAGGCCUCAGCCAAGGUUACACCCAACCACCUCUGCUACAUACAGAAAAUAUACCACUACCUGAGACAUUUGUAUCAUCUGACCCAUCAAUAUGUUCAAGAAUGGUAGGUAUUGAAAUAACAUUGUAUUCAUUUAUGCAUUCAUUUUCAGAAAUGCAUUUGCCACAAUAUGCAAAGCUGUGUCUGAAAGGUUCAAUGCAGCUGUUUUUAUCUCAAUAUCAAAUCCUUUCUGGGUAACAAUGAAGUACCUUACUGUGACUGUUUUCAAUUCAAAUGGUCAAAAAGAAACUAAAUAACUUCUUAGCAAAGAGCAAUUUCUCAAGCAAGAAUUUUGCUAGGAAACUGAAAACUACUGUAGCUGUUAUUGGCAGAGACGUUUGAAACUAUUUAUCUUUUUGGUCUCUUAACUAACUGGUGAUGUCACCAUGCAGACCAAAACUUUUUUUUUGUCUUUUCAAACAGCUCUUACUCUAAAAUGGCAUUAUCAUAAUUUUCACAAUUUCACAGUAUUAUUCCAAACUCAUAGUUUGGAAGGAUAUAUAAAACACAGAAAAAUCAUGUUUUUGAGUGCACUGGGCCUUUAACUUCCAAAGGAGCAAGUAACAUCUCCCUGACUAAUUUGUGUUUUUACUGAAAAUGUUUAAAAGAGUUCUGUCUUGGACUUAAACAAAGCUCUUUUUAACAGAUAUUGCCCCUAUGCCUUGACAUAGUUGUAACAUGUUACUUUAUGUUACGUCUACAGCAUACAGACAGACAGACACACACACUCCACAGGUGAACGAUGUGUAUAUAUGUCAGUCAAUAUUACAUUUGUAUGUCUAUAUUUCUGUGUGAACAUAUACUUAAUAUACAUAUCCAUAAAUAUAUCCUAUAUUGUGGUAUGAUUUGAAUUGUAGGCAUACUGUACAUGUUAACUGUAUGCAUAUAUUCAUAUAAAGUAUUCAUAUUUUUCAGUCAUCAUAUUAAGAAGAACAAAUGAUAUUUUGCUACCCUUGGAUGGUGUGUGUUGUGUGUCUGUAUGUUUGUCUUCCUGUCUCUUUGAAAUUGCCUAUUUGUGUUUAUUUCUGUGAGUAUGCAGCCGUGGGUGUAUUCUUGUGUGAGUCUCUGUGAAUAUCAUUUUCAUGUUUUAUAUCGUUUUUAGUAGAAACAAAAAAAUAUAUAUUAAAAAGUCUGAAAAAAGGAUAGUAAUUUAUCUAUUAUAAAAAAUACAUGUAAUUUAUUAUUUUUUCUUAAAUAGGAGCUGUAGCAAAUUCCCUUUGUUGCUACCGUGUCAGAAGUUAUUGUGUAGAAGUAUAUGGAUUUUGUAUUAUUUUGAAAAAGGCAAACGAGUGUGUGGAAAAUGCUAUCACAAACUUAAUCUGAAAUAAAAACUGAAACCAGAAAA